AUGGCCGCCGCCGCUGCUACCGGCGACCCUCCUGGCUACUUCGUCGGCCGGCCGUUGCACUACCAGGAGCAGCAGCCACAGGCGGUGCCGCCGCCGGCGCCCGCGCCCGCCGUCGACGACCACAACGCUGUGAACGCGCAAGUCCCUGGUUACUACGCUGGGCGUGUGCAACCGAGACCAAGCGAUGGCACUGGAAACAACAACAACAACAACAACAACAACAACGCUGAUACUGCAGAUCAGCAGAACCGAGAACCGAGCUUCUUUGCCAAAUGGUUCGGGUGCUUCUCCGGCAGCAGCUGA